UUUGACUGGGCCACGGCUGCCGUGAGCAGCGCUUCCCUCACGGGGACCGCGUCUAGGCAGACCUGCUCUGCGGCCAGCUCCGGGAAGAGUGUUACUAAAUGAUCUAGACUAAGCGUGAACUGAGACUGAAAACGUGGAUGGUUGAGAAUCUCCUCAGAGCUAAGACUCCUCGCUCAGGAAUUCAAGAAAGCCUUAUCCAGUAAACCUGGCAUCAACCUUGGGGGAAGUAAUAGCAAAGUAGAUCUGGAGAUCAAUAGCUAAAGAACAAUACAAAGCAAUUGAUCAGUGUGGUCUACAGAAAAGAUGUCUGGAAAGAAGGGUGAUAAGGAGGGUUGCCCUGCUCUUGAAUUGAUUGAUUUCAACAAUGCUUUGGAGCAGUUUCAGAAUCUAGUUGAAAAAAUGAUCAUCCAGAAGACCAAGGAGAGUUCAGGCUUGUAUACUAAAGACAAUGAUGAGAGAGAUUAUGAAAAGUUCUAUACAACCACACGAACACUUUUUGGUUCAGCAGUCAAGGAUCAGGAUAUUCAGGCCUUUUUCAGGAAGGUUAUGAGCAACCUUGAUGAAAGACCAGAGUGGCUUGAGAUUUUUGGCUGUUUCAGAAGAGCAAAUGGUGGCAUGUCUUCCACAUCAAAAGAAAGCAUGGUUUUGCUUGUAUCUGAAAAACAGCAGAUUACUCAUUCAGUUGUCAAGAGAAAAGAUGUGAUCAAGGGUAUAGUGAAGGUGCCCCUUCUGCAUCUCACAGUAACAGCUUCUCAGAAAGGAGUGCUAACUGUUUUUAGAAAACAGAUGAAGGUUCUGACAACCAUCAAUAUUGAAGAUACUGCUUGGAUCACUGGAUGUGAUUUCCUGCCUAAUCUGAAAUAUGUCGUGGCUGUAACUGAAAGCACAAUCAUUCUCUGGGACUAUAAAUCAAAAGAGAGCAAGAGUGAUGGCUUUGUCAUCAAACCAAUGAAAAAUUGUCUGCUCUGUGUUUGCACGGUGACUGUGGCAGAUAACCUGGCUAAGGAUACCAUCUUAAUGGGAGAUGAUAAGGGUUAUGUUUAUCUGCUUACUAUCACCAGUGAUGACUUCAUAAUGAAACAAUCUAAAGCUGAAAAAGAAGCACAGUUUAAAGUCUUGGAUGCUGAAUCUUUUGACAUUCCUAAACGCAAGCUACAUGAUGACUGGGUUGGGAAGAUUAAGUAUUUUUCUGCCCUAAAAUGUUUUGGAUCCUGCUCCACAGACAGUACUAAUUCGUUUGUUUUGGAUGACAUAAAGCGACUAGAGGACCAUUUACCUGUAAAGGAAUUUUCUGUCCCUAAAGGAGUAAAUGCCUUCACAUACUGUGGAAAGGCAAAAGUCAUUGUCACUGGAGGUAAUGACAGAAUCCUUCGGUUGUGGAAUCCUGUUGUUAACUUUAGUCCUAUGGGGAAGCUAUUAGGACACAAACAUAGUAUUGUGGAAAUUGUGACAAAUGAAAAAGAUCAACAUGUUAUCAGCCUUUCCUGUGCAAAGGUUUUUAGAGUGUGGGAUAUACAGACUCUUUCACCGCUGCAGGUCUUCUAUGAAGAUCAUGGGACUCCAGAAGAGAUGAAUUCCUUUCCCAUGGUAUUUGACAAUGAUCAUGGCCUGCUUUUCACAGGUUCAGAUGUCAUUGAUAUUUAUCCCCUAGCUAAUGUGAUACAAGAUUCAAAAGAGUUGCCUCAGACACAUGAGAAGAGCCUCAAUGUUCUGCUUUACAAUAGGGCUUGUCACCAGAUUCUCAGCAUUUGCACUGAGUCAAUACUAAAGGUCUGGGACCUAGAAACAGGAUCUCAAAUAUAUCAACUAGAAGAUGCACAUGGGCUGAAUAUUGAGGUGACCUGUGCAGCCAUUGAAAGAAAUGGGGUUUAUCUUGCUACUGGAGCAUGUGAUGGAACAGUGAAAAUCUGGGAGUUUGAAAGCGGUCAAGAAAUUAAGGCCUUGCCUUUAGCGCAACACAGCAAUGAUGAGCAUCGUAUGCUGAAGAUAGUAUAUCUGAAGGCUAAUGAGGGUCAACAUGCAGUUAUUGUUUUGGAGCAGAGAGGGAAGAUAAAAAUCAUUCAGGGUGACUCAACUCAAACAGAUCUGUAUGUCACAUGGGUGCUUCCUGAGAUAGUGCCUUUUCCACGAAGGAAUCCAGUUGUGUAUCUGUCUCUGAAGCCUGCCUCCUUAAAAACACAAGAUUUUUUUCCAGAGAUUCGUCUUCUGUGUAACACCAGUUGCAUGAAAAAUGACACAGAGACUUUUUUAUCUUCUGUGGAUUUUAGGUGUUUUGAUGUUUUAAAAGUAGAAGGAGGCAGAUUGAUAGCUACAGGAAGUGCAAAUGGUGAAAUAAAUUUGUGGGAUUUUGAAUCUGCCUCUGUGAAAUGCCUGCGUAAAACUACUGAAGACAAUCAGGGCUCUGGAGUCAAUGCCAUAUUAUUCCUUGUACAUAGGAUUUCCUCUUCCAGGAAAAGAAGUUCCCAGUCCCCUACUCCUUCUGUGAGGAGUGAUGCCAGUGCCAUUGCAGAGCAGAAAGGAAGUUCUUCAGACCAGCAUGAGAAAAAUGCAGAAAGUGAUGAAAUUAAUACUGAAAUAAAAACAGCAGAAGAAACAACUAGCUGUAAGGACACCCAAAAUCCAAAGAUGAAUGAACAGUUGUUGAAGGCUAGAGCAGGACUAUCACCUCUACUGGCUUCUGCUCAUGAAAGUAGCUGUAUCCGCCUAUGGAGUAUUCAGGGAAACUUGAUGAAAGAACUUCUGCCAUUUUCAGGAUGUCCCUCAGGUCCUCUGACAGUACUGUGUACAGACAUCUUCACUAAAAUUCUUUUGACAGGCAGUAAAGAGGGAUAUAUUUUUCGCUGGAACAUGGCCUCAUUCUUAGAAGAUUCACGAAAUAAAAAAAAUGAAAUAAAGGAGGAGCUCUGCUGGAGGGCACAUGCUGCUGAAGUGGUUGACUUAUUUAUUGAAGAGGAGAAAAAUGUGGUAGUGACAGCAUCCAUUGAUAGUUCAGUCAGGGUUUGGCAUGCCAGGAUUGGAUAUUAUUUUGGUUACUUUGGACAAGCCAGGAAGUUUGAAUUAACAGAUACCAGUCGGUUGAUUUUGCCUUCUGAUGUUAAUGAUUUUUCUGCUAUAAUUAAAGAGGAGAGCAAACAUACGGAAAAGAAGGAGGUUCUAUAUCCUCUCGUGCUGGACAGAGACAAGUUGAAGUCACUGACCGGAUCACCUUCAGAUUUAGAAAAGGCUGGACAUGAGGAAGCAGUUCAUGGCUUCAAGUUUUUCAGAGCUCUGGCUCCUGAAAAGCUCCAACAUUUGGAAACUUUUGAGUUUGUAAGCAAAGAGGCUGGUGCAGUAUUCGGGUUACUUCCUAUCUAUGAGCUUGAGCAUCCAAUUGAAGUGAGCAUGCCAAACAGUCUUCAAAGGAUCAAAGCUGAGAAGUCUGGUCACAAGGGACGGGAAAAGCAUCCAGAUUCCAUUGAGGACUUGAGUCAAGACAAAUAAAUGUAGUUUCAUUUCUU